AUACUGGAAGAAGCACCGGACACGAAAGAGAAACUCAUGUCGUUUCUUCGGAAUGAUCGCCUGCAGCCCUGCAUUGUGAAAAAUUUGUUCGAGCAUGUAUUGAUGACGCGUCUGAAUCACCCAUCACUCAGUCAGUUGAGAAAUACUGUUCAAAACUGGACACAGUUCACAGCAAACAGCAUGGCCACAUGCGUCGAACGUACCAGACAAGGACACGCGGUCUACUUUGGCGCCGCUGGCAUAUUGGAGAAGUACGUCGCUUCCUCUGAGGGCCGAGUUCAAAUCUCCCACCUGUAUGCUGAUGACAUGAUGUUCCCAGCCUCCUUAUUGCUCCCCAAGGCUUCGCCUUACAAGGAACUGCUCAACAGUGUGACAAUCAGGCUCGUCGAGACUGGGCUGAUUGAGCAAUUCAAAGCUCUCUACUGGAGACGUAACUUGACAACUACGAGGAACGUUGCUCCUGGAGGCGACUGGCAGCCGUUACAGUUGAACGAGUCGGUACUUGCAUCAAUCAUUUUGGCGGCAGGUCUUGGUGCCUCCUCGGUCGUGUUCCUUUGCGAAGUGCUGUGGGGCAUUCUGAAGGGACGGCGACGACAACGACCGUUCCUCAUGUUGGCAGUAACGUGAUAGCGAGUG